AUGAAUGGAGACUUGUCUUCAAUCAAGCAGUACCUUCCGAAAACCCUACAGCUUGAAGACAGUCCCAUAUUCAAUUUCAUCGUCCCGAUAGCAACCAUCCUGGGCACCGGGUGGGCUUUGUGGAAUCGCGGCUACCCAUUCCUGGAAAGUUACAUGGUAAAUGCACGGAUUUUGGACACCGACCCCUUGUACGAUGACAUGGUUCGAUGGAUGGACAGCCACACUUCGUUUAUCUCCUUUGAUGCUAGAGGCGAUGGCCAGAACGAUCCACUGCUACAACGCAGAGCACAGAAUCCCAGGAUCCAGUACGCAGGAACGGCCUUUUUCCACCUGUCUAAUUCCGAAUCUCGCAUGGUUACUACUGAUAAUCCGCUCAGCUCAGGGUUUCACUUGGUGCCUUCCAAGGGCUCAUGUUUCUUCUGGUUCAAGGGGACUCUAAUGCACCUCAAACUUGUGCCGACGGGAGGACCCGAGGCCACCAAAGCCGUCAGCAUCCACGGUAUGACGCGGUCGGUUGCAACUCUGCGCUCCUUUCUAGAAGAGGUCCGCGUGUUCAGCAAGCAUCAAGCGACCUCGUACGUCUCUGUCUACCGCAUCGCUCCCGGUCGUGAGAUCCCCCACUGGUCUCGCGUUACGUCUCGUCCCGCCCGGAACAUUUCCACUGUCAUUCUCGAUGAGGACAAGAAGGAUGCUAUCAUGAAGGAUAUCAAGGAAUAUUUGCACCCGCGCACCCGUCAGUGGUAUUCCAAUCACGGAAUCCCGUACCGUCGCGGAUACCUGCUGUCGGGACCCCCGGGAACCGGCAAAUCCAGUCUUGCGGGUGCUAUUGCCGGCAUGUUUGAGCUCGACAUUUAUGUUCUAGGCUUGAAUGAUCCGGAAAUUAGCGAGAAUCAGUUGACAUCGUUGUUCUCGAGAGUCCCGCCUCACAGUGUGGUACUGGUAGAGGAUGUCGAUGCUGCCGGAGUUAACAUGUCGAGACCCCGGAAAGGGCCGACAACUGCGCCGGUGAAUAUAAAUCAAUUCGGGAUCACAGGGUUCAAUCAUACAACGCAGUCCCUGGCCCAGCCUGUAUCACUCUCCGGGUUACUCAAUGCCAUCGAUGGCGUGGCGUCGCACGAGGGCCGGAUUCUCAUCAUGACGACAAAUGCCCCGGAAAGUCUGGACCGCGCGCUCAUCCGUCCGGGUCGCGUCGACUUGCAUCUCAAGUUCACGCUGCCAGGACGGAAAGAAUUCCAGGAGCUGUUUCGCAGCAUGUACAGUGGCCUGGAAAAAUUCGAAGAAGAAAGUUGCUCCGGUCGGGAUAUUGAUGCUUUGAGUCUGCAGUUUGCAGCUCAGCUCCCCGAGAAUCGCUUCAGUGUCGCUGAGGUGCAGGGGUUUAUACUACAGCAUAAGCUCCAUCCAGAAGAAGCUUGUAAGAACAUAGCGGAGUGGAUUCAACAGCGCAAUCUAGAUCAAAAGCAGAGCGCUCGAGAUGAUAAACAGCACUCCUUGGGUACCCAGACAAAUAUUCCAGACAACGAUGAGCACGACUUGGAUACCCCGUCCACUCCACCCAGCCCGGAGCGUCGGCCGAAUAGCCAGGAGGCUCAUAUGGAUGACGAGGAGUAUACCUUGCAGCAGCUGGUACAUGGGAUGGAUAGUUCGGAGUGUCUUCAGACGAAUCGCCAGACAAUCAAUAUUAAUGGCCUUAUGGAUGCAAUCGAUGAGAACUUUCCGCGUUCUCUAUCUUGA